UGUGCAUCUGUGAUUCUGCACCUGUCCGCCAGAGGCGCGUAACCGCCGCUUUUGUACUAAGGGCGCGCUCUAAUCCUCUCAUGUGACGUCGGUGAAAUGGCGGAGCGGGAUGGAAGCGACGUCUGUCAGAGUUCCAGCCAAGACUCUGACUACCUUCUUAGAGCAGAUGAGAAGUCGUCAUGGAGUCGACCGGAUUCCUCUGCUUCUGGACAGUACACCUACACCAUUCCCAGCCACAGACAUACACAUCAUUACUAGACCUGAGCCUCUCACGCUGAAGAUCGAUGAACGGCAGAGACUUGCCCGUGAACGAAGGGAGGAGCUGGAGAAGCAGAAUGCUGCGCGGGGUUCCAAGUGGAUGGAGAGAGAGGAGAGGGCCCGACAGUUUCAUGAGAGACAGCUGGAGGAGCGCAGGAAAAAGCUUGAGGAGCAGCGGGAUAAAGAAGAGAGGAGACGCGCUGCUGUGGAGGAACGACGGCAGAAACUGGAGGAGGAGAAGGUCCGGUAUGAGGCUGUUAUCAGGAGGACCAUGGAGAGGAGUCAGAGAGUCAGGCCGAAGUCCAACCGCUGGAGCUGGGGUGGAACACUCCCUGCUAGCACCUCACACAACAGCGAUACUGACAGAAGGACAGUCUCCACUAUGAAUCUGUCCAAACCCACAGAUCCAGUCAUUUCCAAACGCCUGUCAUCUUCCUCAGCCACCUUGCUGAAUUCACUAGAUAGAGGUAUGCGUCGCAUGCCUCUUACCCCAUGGGAGAAUACAAUGAUCAGUCGACUACAGACACCAACACAAUCAUACCUGGCCAGGAGUCGCAGCGCCAUGUCUUUGUCUGGAGAAGCAGCCUCCUGUCACCCAAUGAGCUCCAUGUCCUUCAAGUCCAUCCAGUCACGCAGCGCUGAGCGACCAGUCAAAGCAGGCCUUACUCUUGAGAGACCAGUCAGGGCAGGGUAUAUCCCUCCGGACAGCAGCACUCGCAGAAAGACCACCCAGAAUCUCCCAAUUGACAGGAAGGAUAAGGACAAUGUGAGAAAGUCAUGGAGUAACCUGUCAUAUCCCACUACCAGUCUGAGCCUGUUCACACCAAAGAGAUCUCCUUCACCUGUCGGUCACCGCAGCAGGGUCACCAAUCCUUCCCCCAACAGGGGCCCUACUAAACCCCUUCAGAAGACACCUAACCCCAAAAAGUCCAGGUCUCCUCCUCCUCCUCCAACAUCAAUUCAUCUGUCUCCUAGUAACCCGUCCUUAUCGCCAGGCAAUCUCAGGCCCAACAGAGUGACUUCAGAGAGCCCCAGAGUUACCCCAGAAGGAGAGGGGGCCAAAAAAGAGGAUGCUGAACCUCCUAAAAUUAAACCCGAGGCUCCUACAGCUAAAUCAGAACCAUCUUCUGAAAGUUCGGGAAGUUCUCCAACUACACGGCCCUCUGCAGGCACAACAGAUCCUGAGGAGGCAUCACGACUGCUGGCUGAGAAACGACGGCAGGCCAGAGAACAGAGAGAAAGAGAAGAGGAGGAGAAAAGACAGCAGGAAGAGGCUGAAAGGCGUAGCCGGGAGGAAAUGGCCCGCAGGAAGGCAGAGGAGCGAGCAAAGAGAGAGGAGGAGGCACAGCGGCAGGCUGAAGAGAAGAAGAGACAAGAGGAGGAGGAGGCAAAGCGUUUAGAGGAGGAGAAAGCUCAGAGGGAGAAAGAGGAAGCUGAACGCCUGCAGAGACAGAAAGAGGAAGAGGAGGCCCGCCAGAGAGAAGAGGCAGAGCGUCUGCGUCUAGAGCGAGAGAAACACUUCCAGAAAGAGGAGGCUGAGAGAAUGGAGAGGAAGAAGCGCCUUGAGGAAAUUAUGAAACGCACACGCCGAUCUGAUCAGAAAACCACCCCACAGAGAAAUGGCGAUGGCAGCCAGCAGAGCGAACAGAUUUCAGCGAGUUCAAUAUCCAGCAGCCCUUCAGUGAGUGUGUCGGCCCCUCAGGCUCUGGAGACCUCUGAGACCGUACGCAGUGACAGCAACGGACACACGGGGACCAGCUUCAUUACACCCAAACUGCCCACAUCAGGUCACAGUGUGACUGCCCAGCUCAGAGAAAACGGCGCUGUCACAGAGGCUUUUGAGGAGGUCAUAGAGGUUCCCAUGGGGACCAAACUGUCCCGUCAAGAUGGAGACGGAGAGGAGGUGGAAAAUGAAGAGGAGGAGAGGAGAAAGGUUCCCUUAUUGGCUUUUAGAGAGAACAGCAGCAUGCAUAAUAUGAGCGGACUGAAGGAAAACCCGGCACAGUAGAGUUCAGGUCAGUCAGUCAGCCUGGACACAACAUGGAUUUGGGGUGACAUGCGAUGGCCCCUUUACCUUAUUUAGAUUUUUUUCCCCCAUUAUAGAUACAUUUAUAAUGGUGGAAAUGCAAUCUGCAACACAGGAGUAAAAGAAAACUGAGUCAGAGGAAGACCUCUCACUGUACUUCCCUUCAUUUGACACUUAGACACCUUAAAUGGCAAGAGAAAUUACGAAAUUAAGAUCUCUUGGCUUCUACUUCCUGUAAUCAGCUCCUGACUCCACUGAAGUGGUGCACCUUAGGAACCACAUCUUCUGUCUUUUUUGGGGGGACCACCAUCGUGGUGACUGAAGUCACGUCUAAUACUUGAAGAAAAGUGUCCUCGCUGUCGUGGAAGCUCCUGUGAAGUGCUAACCAUAAGGAAUGUGUGACAAGAGAAUGAUGUUUGUUGUGUUUGCAUAGAUUUAUGGCAAAACCUUGUAGUUUUGCUCUCGUUUUGCCAGCAAUCGAGUGGCUGAACUCUUUGCUUAGUUUUAUAAUUAUUGUUCAAAUGAAGAGAACAUAUUUUUUUCCCUCUUUGCAAAGCUUGAACAGAUUUUUGCCUCUUGAAUUAUGAAUUUUGCUAUGGUUUGCAAAGACCUCAUCUCAUUCCACCCCAGUGUACGGCUGUCUGCGCAGUCCAAGCAAAGCAAAACUCUCGUCCUGAAUUUUAAUUAUUUUUUUCCUGAUAUGAUUGGGUGAAUUGAACUUACUCAGCAACAUAUCCAUGAUAUAUUUAACUCAAAAUUAAAUAGAAAAAAAAGUAUUUUCUUCCAUAUUAUCAAUAUUGAAAUUCAGCACACCCUUCGAUUUCUCAUUACAGUAAUUGUGGGAAAAAAUUAUAUAUUAUGUGAAGUGUGAGGUAUUUUAUAUUGA